GAAUCGAUGCUAACACUCGCUGCUCAGUUGCGUAGCAAAGUUAAUCCGCGUCGGACGUACUGCCGAGGUGGGCUCCAUCUUUCCGGCUUUGCGGAGUUUUGUGGUUGUGGUUUUGUUUGCCACUACGGAAUACAGUGCAAUACGGUGGUGCGCGUCAUACUUGAUAGUGAAUAUAGUGAAGUUUAUACCUAGCACUGAUUAGUAGUCGCUUGCUGUGCCAAAGAAUCCUACCACGACACACAGUGAACAUGACGAACCCAUUGGGAAGAGCUGCCGGUGUGGUGUUGCUGCUGCUAGGACUUAUUACAAUUCUUGGCCUUCAGCCUGCCCAUGGUCAAUGUGCGCCGGGUGAUGAAAAAAAGGCGUCGGAAAAAUCCGACCCUGAUCAGUCCCGUACCCGGCUGUACAAGGGUGAAUCGAUCUUCACACUGCAGCUGCUCGAUGCUAUCAACACGGCUACACCGAACGAAAACCUCUUCUUCUCACCGUACAGCCUGUACAAUGUGCUGCUGAUGAUGUACUUCGGUGCACAAAAUUCGACGGAAAAGCUACUCCGAACCGGACUUAAUCUGCAGUGGUCCGAUAGUAAGACGACCGUACAUGAGGCAUACGAUACGGCCCGGAAAUCGCUUCAGGGUCGUUUCAGUGAAAGCAACGCCGUUGGAUUUAGUUCUGUCGAUAAGCUAUUCUUUGGACAGCGCAUUCCCAUCUCGACCUGCAUGCAACAGAAGUUUGCCGACACUAUCGAGCAGCUGGACUACGAAAGACAGCCCGAGGAGCAGCGGGUGUACAUUAACCGCUGGGUGGAAGCUGCAACACGCGGACAGAUUAAGGACUUGUUGGUGCCUGGUGCGAUCACACGCAACACCAAGCUAGCAAUUGCUAAUGCGGCAUAUUUUAAGGGCACAUGGCAGACUAAGUUCAAGGCGGCUGAAACCAAAAAGGAAAUCUUUUACAUCUCUGCCGACCGUCAAGCGUUUGUCGAUAUGAUGCACGUCGAGGGAACGUUCAGCCAUGCUGCCAAUGAAAAGCUUAGUUGUCACAUUCUGGAACUUCCGUACAGUACCGGUGCUGAGGACGACGACAGCCAACGAAGCGACAAUCCAAACCAAGUGUCGAUGUUUGUCUUUCUGCCACCGGCUGAACCGAACGCUCUCUCGAAACUGCUUGCCCGGCUGGCAGCCGACACCAACAUCCUGCACGAGGUAGUGAACGAUGGCAUUUCGCGCAAGGUUGACGUCAAGCUGCCAAAGUUUAACAUCGAAAAGACGGUUGAGAUGAAACCGGUGCUGGAACGAUUAGGCAUGGGUGCGCUGUUUGAGAAUACGGCCAACUUCGACAGUUUUACUGAUGGCCAGGAACAGAUCGGUUUCGAUGAGGUACUACAGAAAUCCAAGAUCGAGGUAAACGAAGAAGGUUCGGUGGCCGCUUCUGCAACGGUUGCUUUUUCGUUCCGAUCGUCACGUCCCGUCGAUCCGGCCAUGUUCCAUUGUAACCAUCCGUUCGUUUUCAUCAUCUACGAUUAUGGAACCCGAUCUGUCCUGUUUAACGGAGUCUAUCGUCAGCCGGAGUAAUGUUAGCCGUGGUUGGCGCGCAGCGUACGGAAUCGCAUUCCAUGUGACCUACUUUAAGGAAAAGACUAUUUUGUUUAGAUUUAUUUAUUUUAAAACUCCAAAAACAAGGUGCCGUAGACGGAACACAAAAAACUAUCGGAAUAAAAUGUAGGGAAGAAACUAAAAGAAAUCAAAUUAGUGCCGGUGAUUGAUUCCUCUUUCACUGCAUUGUUUUUUUUUACUUCAGUUUCGCGAGUGAGUGUCGCUUUUUAUACUUAACUGUACUUGAUCAUGUUUGUUAAGAAAUAAAAAAAAACAACGAAGCCGAAAA